AUGUUCCUUUUUUCUCCAGCCGCUGCCACCGACACAGACACAUCACCAGCUGCCGACACUGGCACCACAACACCAGCCAUCGACAUAGCCACAUCACCAGCCGCCGACACAGGCACCACAACACCAGCCAUCGACACAGACACAUCACCAGCCGCCGACACUGGCACCACAACACCAGCCAUCGACAUAGCCACAUCACCAGCCGCCGACACAGGCACCACAACACCAGCCAUCGACACAGCCACAUCACCAGCCGCCGACACUGGCACCACAACACCAGCCAUCGACAUAGCCACAUCACCAGCCGCCGACACAGGCACCACAACACCAGCCAUCGACACAGACACAUCACCAGCCGCCGACACUGGCACCACAACACCAGCCAUCGACAUAGCCACAUCACCAGCCGCCGACACAGGCACCACAACACCAGCCAUCGACACAGACACAUCACCAGCCGCCGACACUGGCACCACAACACCAGCCAUCGACACAGACACAUCACCAGCCGCCGACACAGGCACCACAACACCAGCCAUCGACAUAGACACAUCACCAGCCGCUGACACAGGCACCACAACACCAGCCAUCGACACAGCCACAUCACCAGCCGCCGACACUGGCACCACAACACCAGCCAUCGACACAGCCACAUCACCAGCCGCCGACACAGGCACCACAACACCAGCCAUCGACACAGACACAUCACCAGCCGCCGACACAGGCACCACAACACCAGCCAUCGACACAGACACAUCACCAGCCGCCGACACUGGCACCACAACACCAGCCAUCGACACAGACACAUCACCAGCCGCCGACACUGGCACCACAACACCAGCCAUCGACACAGACACAUCACCAGCCGCCGACACUGGCACCACAACACCAGCCAUCGACACAGCCACAUCACCAGCCGCCGACACAGGCACCACAACACCAGCCAUCGACACAGCCACAUCACCAGCCGCCGACACAGGCACCACAACACCAGCCAUCGACACAGCCACAUCACCAGCCGCCGACACAGGCACCACAACACCAGCCAUCGACACAGCCACAUCACCAGCCGCCGACACAGGCACCACAACACCAGCCAUCGACACAGCCACAUCACCAGCCGCCGACACAGGCACCACAACACCAGCCAUCGACACAGCCACAUCACCAGCCGCCGACACAGGCACCACAACACCAGCCAUCGACACAGCCACAUCACCAGCCGCCGACACAGGCACCACAACACCAGCCAUCGACACAGCCACAUCACCAGCCGCCGACACAGGCACCACAACACCAGCCAUCGACACAGGCACCACAACACCAGCCAUCGACACAGACACAUCACCAGCCAUCGACACAGGCACCACAACACCAGCCAUCGACACAGCCACAUCACCAGCCGCCGACACAGGCACCACAUCACCAGCCGCCGACACAGGCACCACAACACCAGCCAUUGACACAGCCACAUCACCAGCUCCCGCCACCGAGACGGCCACCACUCCCGGCACCGAUAAAACGCCCGCCACAACAGCCCCAGGGACAACCUUGACAACCCCCCAUGCCACCUCAACGCAAACUCCCACAUCUCCAGUUGUAGCUUAUCUCAGUUACCACAUCACCAACGAGGACUUUAAUGACAAUUUGCUGUAUCCAAACACCGCAGAUUUCAUUAAACUGAACACUACAAUUGGGAAAAUGUACAAUGCAGUUUAUAACUGUACGAACUGCACUUACCAUCAAAUCUAUCUUGGAUACAAUGUGCUAUCAUUCAGUCCAGGAUCGGUGCAAGUAAACUCAGAGUUAUACUUCAAGAAUAACAAGAACACCUCCAAGGAAGACUUUCCGAAAGUGUUGGCAAGCGUUUUGGACAAGGCAUCGCCAACAGAUAAACAGGACUUGUUACUGAUAUCCAUCGAAGGAUCCAAGAACGCACCUGGCAUUCCCAGCACUCCUGAAAAUGUCCCAGGCUGGGGCAUUGCUCUGCUUGUCCUAGUUUGCGUCCUUGUGCUGCUGGCCCUCAUUGCCUGCCUGGUGUGGUUCAUAUACUGGUGCCGACGGAACCAGCGAGGUAGCCUGGAUAUUCUCAGCUCCCGGGACGCCUACCAUCCCAUGAGCGAGUACCCUACGUACCACACGCACGGGCGGUACAUGGGUCCCAGCAACAACAAGCAAAAUCCUUACAACGAGAUCCCUCCGAAAAAUGGUACCAGCCCGUUUUCUUUUACCAACCCUGCAAUGGCCAACGAAGAACUGUAA